GACGUGAGUUUGGACGAGUACGAACGUCGCACCGAUAACUUUAACGUUCAUGUUUAUGAACUUCCAUUAGAGCCACAUGAAACUUGUAUUGGCGCAAUUACUUCAGAAAUAAUUGAGCAAUGCCUUCCUGUUAAAAGAACAAAUGCCGGAACUCGUGCUGAUCGUUCUGGAAAAGAGGCUGAUGCAUCAUUUCGUCCAAUGAAACCAGGAUUGCCUCUCCAAACUGAAACCGGGAAUCCGUUGAAUAUUUUGCAGCGUACGUGCCUCAUCAAAAUUAAUUUGGAUUGUCUUUACUACCAAGCACAUCCCGAAGUCCAACUUUCACGAACCAUUCUUCCCGAUCCCAUUAUCCUGGAUUUUUUCUUUGUCAGAAAUGAAAUUCUCCGUGCAUACAGAGAAUAA